AUGACGCGCGUUCUCCUAACCGGCGGGUCUGGGUUCAUUGCGGCGCAUGUUCUAGAUCAUCUCAUCCACCGGGGCUACAGCGUGUUGACGACCGUGCGUUCUACGGACAAGGCCGACAAGAUCAGAGCAGCAUAUCCGAUGAUCGGUAAAGAAAGGCUAGACUUUGCAAUCGUGAAGGAAAUUGCAGAAGAUAAUGCUUUUGACGACGCUCUCGUUUCCAACCCGCCCUUCGAAGCGGUCAUCCAUACUGCCAGCCCGUUCCACUUCAACGUAACCAAUGUUCAACAAGAUCUUUUAGAUCCUGCAAUCAAAGGCACCACCGGGAUUCUAGAAUCCAUCGUGAAAAAAGCGCCAGCCGUCAAACACGUUGUCAUCACCUCGUCCUUUGCCUCGGUUGUGAACCCUUUCAUGGGCUCGUGGCCAGAACACACAUACACUGAACAAGACUGGAAUCCUAUCACUCUCGAGCAAGCCUCAGAGGACGUCGCCAACGGCUACCGGGCCAGUAAGACCUUUGCCGAGAAAGCUGCUUGGGAAUUCAUAGAGCGAAAAAAGCCGUCAUUCUCACUCACGACCCUGUGCCCACCACAAGUAUUGGGACCUGUUAUAAGCCAUCUCAGCAGCCUCGACAACCUCAACACCAGCAACCAAGUCAUCCGUGAUUUGAUCCAGGGGAAAUUCAAAGAAAUGGUCCCGCCCAACGCCACAUUCACCUGGGUCGAUGUGCGUGAUCUCGCCCUUUGUCACGUCUUGGCGCUUGAAAAGCCUCAAGCAGCAAACGAGCGCUUUCUCGUCACGGCAGGCUAUUUCUGUAACAAGGAGCUGGUGGAUAUCGUUCGAAAGCAUCACGAUCAAUUCCGGGAUCGCUUGCCCUCCGAGGGUGGCGACGGCGGCGGCUAUCCAGAGGGCGGGCUCUACAAGGUCGAUAAUCGCAAAGUUGUUAGGGAAUUGGGCGUUGAAUGGAAACAGCUGUCAGACACCGUCGUGGACACGGUGAACUCACUGCUGGGGUUCCAUUUGUAG